ACUGUGAAGCCUCACCGGCUCACCUCGCUGAGUCCCACCACCCUUACCCCCCGGCCCUUAUCCCCACUUACAUGCCGAGUCAUAAUGAUAUACCGAACAGAGAGGUGACUCACUCACGCCAGCGUCCUUAAUAAGAGCACUAGCACCCACCCGCCAUGACAUUCACCUUGACCACCCCCACCAAGCCAACUUCUCUCAAUCACCUUUACGCCCAUCCACCCGAAACGUCUAGUUACCGUCCCUGAUCGAAGACAAAAUGACCUACCACCUCUACAUCACGAACAAGAACUACUCCUCGUGGUCACUCCGCCCGUGGCUCCUGCUCCGGCAACUGGGCAUCCCGUUCGUCGAGGAAUUCCGCCCGCUCACCUCGGGCUCUUUCCGGCAGCCGCAAUGGCUCGAGUUUUCCCCCGUCGCCCACGUCCCGUGCUUGCACGUCCUUCCUCCUACUUCUUCAUCAUCUUCUUCUUCUUCUUCUCCUUCGGGGAAUGAAAAGGAAGAAAAGCAGGAAGAGAAACUCGUCCUGUGGGAAUCUCUCGCCAUCGUGGAGUUCCUCGCCGAGCAGCACCCGGACAAACCCGUGUACCCCUCCCGGGAGGCCAGUCCGGUCGCGCGGGCGUGGGCGCGGUCGGCGGUGGCGGAGAUGCACGCCGGUUUCGCCGCGCUGCGGCAGGAGAUGGGCAUGAACAUCGGGAUCCGGGUCGAGCUGAGCGGCGCCGCGUUUACGCCGGCGCUGGUGGCGGACUUGAAGAGGGUGGAUGAGCUGUGGACCGAGGGACUCAGGAGGUUUGGCGGGCCGUUCCUCGCCGGGAACGCGUUUACGGCGGUGGAUGCGUUCUACGCGCCCGUGGUGCUGCGCCUGCAGACGUACGGUGGCGCGUUGGAGCGCAUGGGCGAGGAGGCGAGGGGUUAUGUGCAGAGGAUGCUGGAGCUGGACGGGAUCAGGGAGUGGGUGGAGGAAGCGCUCAAGGAGACGGGGAGGGAGGUGCUGCAUGAUGCGGAGAAUGUGGAGGGCGAGGGAAGGAGGCUGGUUGCCGACUUGAGGGCGAAAUGAGUUCGGGCCAGCAGUCAUCAGUCAGGCAGCAUUUCAGGAGCAAGCUACGCGAAUCAAGUCAGGGCCUCCGAUUCAGUAGUGGUACUGGUGCAAUUGAUUCAUGGAUAACGAGGUAGAAAGGCCGCGGUGUUUCUCAGUUCUCUGAGCCCGUAGAGCAAGUGAAACCAGAAGAGAAAUAGGCGGAAACUGUCAAUAACCGAAAAGGGGUCCAUAUUGGCCCGGUGCCCCGUUCCCCAGCACGCCCCGCGUCAUCUCGCAGUGAAGUUGCCGGCCCGGCCCUCGGCUCCCCGCGGUCUCCACAGCACUGUACUUCCGCUCAGAGGGCGGGGGUCGAAGACUGAAAGGAGGGGGAUGCCGCACCCGGCCGGCUAUCGGUCGACGAUCAUACAAGGGGGGAAUGGCCAUGAUAAGUUAU